CGCGGAGACGCAAGAGCAGCGCGCAGCACCUGUCCGCCCGGAGCGAGCCCGGCCCGCGGCCUUAGAAAAGGAGGGACCGCCGAGGUGCGCGUCAGUACUGCUCAGUCCGGCAGGGACGCGGGAGGAUGUGGACUGGGUGGACAUGAGAGAGGCUUAUCUCAGAUGUUGGAUCUUCUCUUGGAAAAACGUGUGGGUACGACCUUGGCUGCCCCCAAGUGUAGCUCCGGCUCCGUGAAGUUUCAAGGACUGGCAGAGACUGGGAUCAUGAAAAUGGACAUGGAGGACGCUGAUAUGACUUUGUGGACAGAGGCCGAGUUCGAAGAGAAGUGUACAUACAUAGUGAACGACCACCCCUGGGAUUCCGGCGCCGCCGACGGGGGUACUUCUGUUCAAGCUGAGGCAUCCUUACCAAGGAACCUGCUUUUCAAGUAUGCCGCCGACAACAGCAAAGAGGUUAUUGGCGUGGUGAGUAAGGAGUACAUUCCAAAGGGAACACGCUUUGGACCCCUCAUCGGCGAAGUCUACACCAACGACACAGUUCCCAAGAAUGCCAACAGGAAGUAUUUUUGGCGGAUCUAUUCCAGAGAGGAGUUCCACCACUUCAUCGAUGGCUUUAAUGAGGAGAAAAGCAACUGGAUGCGCUACGUGAAUCCAGCUCACUCUGCCCGGGAGCAGAACCUGGCUGCCUGUCAGAACGGGAUGAACAUCUACUUCUACACUAUUAAGCCAAUCCCUGCCAACCAGGAACUUCUUGUGUGGUACUGUCGGGACUUUGCGGAGAGACUCCACUAUCCUUAUCCUGGAGAGCUCACAGUGAUAAAUCUCACACAAACGGAAAGCAACCCAAAGCAAUACAGUAGUGAGAAAAAUGAACUCUACCCAAAGAGUGUCCCCAAGAGGGAGUACAGCGUGAAAGAAAUCCUCAAACUGGACUCCAAUCCCUCCAAAAGGAAGGACAUCUACCGUUCCAACAUUUCACCCUUCACUUCACAAAAGGACAUGGAUGGCUUUCGGAAAAAUGGGAGCCCCGACAUGCCCUUCUACCCUCGGGUCGUUUAUCCUAUCCGGGCACCUCUGCCAGAAGACUUUGUGAAAGCGUCCCUGGCCUAUGGGAUGGAGAGACCUACCUACAUAACUCACAGUCCCCUUCCAUCUUCCACAACUCCAAGUCCCCCGGCAAGCAGCAGCCCAGAGCAGAGCCUUAAGAGCUCCAGCCCCCACGGCAGCCCGGGGAACACGGUGUCACCCCUGGCGCCGGGCCUCCCAGAACACCGGGACUCCUACUCCUACUUGAAUGUUUCCUAUGGUUCCGAGGGCCUGGGCUCCUACCCUGGCUAUGCGCCUGCCCCCCACCUCCCACCAGCCUUCAUCCCCUCUUACAAUGCUCACUACCCCAAGUUCCUGUUGCCACCCUACGGCAUAAGUUCCAAUGGCUUGAGCACCAUGAACAACAUCAAUGGUAUCAACAACUUCAGCCUCUUCCCCAGGUUAUACCCCGUCUACAGUAACCUCCUUAGUGGCGGCAACCUGCCUCAUCCCAUGCUCAAUCCAGCUUCCCUACCGAGUUCCCUGCCUACCGAUGGAGCCCGGAGGCUGCUUCCACCGGAGCACCCCAGAGAGGUGCUUGUCCCAGCACCCCACAGUGCCUUCUCCCUUACCGGGGCUGCAGCCAGCAUGAAGGACGAGAGCAGUCCCCCCAGCGGAUCUCCAACGGCGGGAACUGCAGCCACGUCAGAACACGUGGUACAACCCAAAGCUACCUCAUCAGUGAUGGCGGCCCCCAGCACUGACGGAGCCAUGAAUCUCAUUAAAAACAAACGAAACAUGACUGGUUACAAGACCCUUCCUUACCCCCUGAAGAAACAGAACGGCAAGAUCAAGUAUGAGUGCAACGUCUGUGCCAAGACGUUUGGUCAGCUCUCCAACCUGAAGGUCCACCUGAGAGUCCACAGUGGAGAGCGGCCUUUCAAGUGCCAGACCUGCAACAAGGGUUUUACUCAGCUCGCCCACCUGCAGAAACACUACCUGGUACACACAGGAGAGAAGCCACAUGAGUGCCAGGUCUGCCACAAGAGAUUUAGCAGCACAAGCAAUCUCAAGACCCACCUUCGAUUGCAUUCUGGAGAAAAACCUUACCAAUGUAAGGUGUGCCCUGCCAAGUUUACACAAUUUGUGCACCUGAAGCUGCACAAGCGACUGCAUACCCGGGAGCGGCCUCACAAGUGCACCCAGUGUCACAAGAGCUACAUCCAUCUCUGCAGCCUCAAGGUCCACCUGAAGGGCAACUGCCCCGCGGGCCCAGCUGCCGGGCUGCCUUUGGAGGAUCUGACCCGAAUCAAUGAAGAGAUCGAGAGGUUCGACAUCAGCGACAAUGCGGACCGUCUCGAGGACAUGGAGGACAGCGUCGACGUGACCUCCAUGGUAGAGAAGGAGAUUCUAGCUGUGAUCAGAAAAGAGAAAGAAGAAACCGGUCUGAAAGUGUCUUUGCAAAGAAACAUGGGGAACAGCCUCCUCUCCUCAGGGUGCAGCCUUUAUGAGUCACCGGACCUGUCCCUCAUGAAGUUGCCUCACAGCAACCCACUACCUCUGGUGCCUGUAAAGGUCAAACAAGAAACUGUUGAACCGAUGGAUCCUUAAGAUUUUCAGAAAAUGAGUGUUUCAUGUUGCUUCCUAGGGUAUGGCUUGGUGAAUUAGGGUGCCUUUAGCAAAUUGCUUGUACAUGACUUCAGAUCUUCAAAGCUCUGCUGGCACCGGGUGCUUCCCCGCACCACUCUGGAAUUAAAGAAGGACUCCGAUGUUACCAAAAUCUCAGGGCAUAAAUGAGGCAAAGACUCACUAUAUAUACAUAUAUACAUAUUAUAUAUAAAUAUACUUAUUUACAGCCAUGUCUAUAUAUUUGAACCUGUGUAUUUUGAAUAUUUGUGUGGAUAUGUUUGCAUAGCGCCUUCCUAUUACUAAAACUAUUGCCUAGCCAUAAUUAUUUUUUCAAUGAUAAUUCUUCAUAAUUUAUUAUACAGUUUAUCUUUCAAAAAGCAAUAAUUAAAGAAGUUUACAAUGACUGGAAAGAUUCUUUGUAAUUUGAGUAUAAAUGUUGUAUCUUUGUUCUGUGGCCAUUCUUUGUAGAUAAUUUCUGCACAUCUGUUUAAAUGCCUGAGUCUUAGAAGAUAGCUCUGUGAUUUCAGGCAACCUUUCUCUGUGAUAAUGCUUUAAAAUGAGGUGUUGAUAUUGCCAAAGCCAUGUGGUUGGUGUGGUAACUCAGAAGAUCACAUAAUCUGAAUGACGUUGUAUAAGUUGGGGAUACAUGUCCAGAAUUGCUCAGCAAUAAUUUGAGGGGAAGGAAGAAGAACAGAAAUAUUUUAUGUUUCAGAAGGAUGGUUUGGUUUUCCUCCUCCUAGUCACAGUUAUACCAAACAGUGACAGGAAGACUUUGCCAACCUGUCUCCCAAUGUCACAUGACCAUUCUGAGUGGCCAUAUGACUUUGGCAUCCCUGGGUGUUAUUUGAAAAUGUGA